UUCAACUUUCCGGUUAGAAUCUGAUGGGGAGUCUUGUGCAUCUUCUCCUGCAAAAUCUUUUUGGGUCUUUCGAGGGCUUCAGAACUUAGAUAUGCAAGCCUUUAGAACUUAGAUAUACAAGUCUUUAGUUACAAAGGAAGUCCGACCUUUGUAUAUAAAUGGAAUGGAUAGCAGUUGCAGGAGUAAAAUUUCACUACUAAUUUUGUCAAAUUCACUAGUAAAAAUGUCAUCAUGUGACUCAUGUCUCCUGUCAAAAGAUCCUCUAAAAUCUAAUCAGAUUGUUUCUAUUAUUGUUGGUGUUGUUACGGGGGGGAGAAGAUGGGUGGUAACAUUUCCUCAUCACAUGGUAGCAGUCAUGCUGCUGAUUUUGGUGGCAACUUCCACAAGUGACAACAGAAACCAGAGGGAUAGGUUUCCAGGUGUGGACGGGAGCCUGAUUAAGGACAUUUUAUAAUACUGCCUUCGUGGCUAUACCCAAUCCCUGAGACAAUUAUUGUUUUUGGAAACUGUGUACGUAGGGUAUGGGAAACCUUUAAAGCUAACAUGACAUGCUUUUUGUUUUUGUACAUUUUAUGCUUUUGUUGGUGAUUAGACUUGAUGACUACCGACUAGAUAGGCUGGCCUUUGUCGUCAAAGAAAUGCUGAUCCUGUCAAAAAAUGCUCUUAACAGCUAAAUCAUCUUCCACUCUUGGGAUAGCCAGGUAGGUAACAUUUUACUGCUCGAUUAUUGAUUCAUGUUCUUGACAAGCUUGCUUGUGUUACUCUCCUACAAAUACAGUUGGGCUCAGGAUUCAGGAUCGGAAGUUUGUAGCUGUGGCAGUUCAUCUUGGUUGAAAGAGAGACUUUAAGAUGAUGGAAAGAUCAACGGUGAUGAAAACCUUUCCUGGUAGUUUGUCUAAUAAACAGCCAACUUUUGACAUGGGAGAGCCUUCCCCUCCAUUCAUUUCCUUUCAGCAGAAAACAAUCGCAACCAUCAGAGAUGCAUCAUUUUCUUCUUAUCUCAAACCAGAGCAACUCGACAAUCAAGCUGACGAUCCCGAAAUAAGCAUUUUUGAUGCGCAGAAAUACUUUAAUGAAAGCAGCGGCAGUGACCACCGAGUGGGCAAGAGAGUUUCUCCUGUCAACGUUAUUAAUAUUGAAUCUAUUCCUAGAUUCUCCUCUGUUUCAUCUUCGGUGGAUGGGCAUGGCCGAAACUACAGGGCUCGAUCAUUCCACGCAACACCAACAGCUUCGUCGGAAGCUAGCUGGAAUAGCCAAACUGGCUUGCUGUCAAAUCCUCCUGGUGCCAUUGCGGUUUCCAUGCGAAAUCCUCCUCCUAGUGAUGAAAAGAAAAAAGGGUCUAAAGCAAAAUGGCUUCUCGGGCGAAAAUGUCCUUGUGCUGGAAAGAAAUCUAUUCAAGUUGAGGAAAAACUAUCAGAACCUAUAACCCCUUCCCGUCUAGUUGAUCACAAGUCUAAAGACACUGAUCGAAAUCUCCAAAGGAAGAUUCCAGACUCUUCAGAGAAAAGUUCUGCCGCAACAGAUUGGCUCCAAAGACAUGAAGUGAUUCCUAAUUCUCACAGAAUCACAGCAGAUAACAACCGUUUUCCUCUAGCUCUAAGCCAACACCACCACCGUGUGCUGGCCACCUCAGCCCGACCAUUCAGUAGUGAUGGUACUACUAGCGGGUUCUCUUUCCCCAUACUGAAUCAAACAUCAUUACCUCCUAUCAAACUGGUAUUAAAUGGAUUGCAAUCAUCCACCAACUACAACCCUCAACUCGAGGACCCUCCUCGAGAUUCCCUGGAAGUUUUUCUACCGUCUGAUGACCCCAUUCCGACCAAUAAUAAAACUACGAUGGAUCUUCACCAACGUCAGAGCUUCACAUUUCCAGCGAGUCCCAAGUCAAGAAUGAUAGUAACAGAUGAUGACAUAGCAAGUGAUGCGAGUUCAGACUUGUUUGAGAUAGAAAGCUUCUCUACACAAACAACAUCAUAUCAAAUGCACAACAACAAUCAUGGUCGACGAGACUCUCUAGAUGAUGCUUCCGUAUUUAAUGGAAAACGCUUAGGGGGAAAUUUGUAUUGCAGGCAAAGUUUAGAUGAGUCAAUGACACCAUCUAUAGCACCGACAGAAUGUUAUGCACCAAGUGAAGCCAGCAUAGAUUGGAGUGUAACUACAGCUGAAGGUUUCGACAGAGCAAGUGUCACCAACUUCUCAAUGACAGCAUCAGAAGUUGAUCAUCAGGAGAUGAUAAGCAUGCGCCACCAUGAGUCAGAGAGGACUAUUGGCGGUGGUGGUGGCAGUGGGGGGAAGAGGAGAGGAGGGAACAGAGGGUUGUUGAGCUGUCGAUGUGAGAAGGCGGUUAAUGUAGGGCCACAUCCUGUGAAAUGUGUGGGUGGAGAGGGACAAAGAGGAGAAAGUUCCACAACGAGGCAUGUGAGUAGUAGGCCACCCAUUGCGAAUAAGCCACCGCUUGCAAGGUCUCACUCUGCUCGCUUGUCUCUGCCUUUCGCAUCAUGAGAAGUAGCUUGUAGUGGUAUUUGCUUUGCCGCCACAUUGGUGUUCCCUAGAUUGAUUCUUUUCUUUUUACCUAAUUUCUUUCUUCUUUUUCUCUUAUUGUGUUAAGAGACUUCUCAGUUUGUUCAAAAAAGUUUCAGUCACGACCAUUUGCAAUUAUAAGUUAACUUUUUCUUUUUUGGA